CAUGGUAUUACCUAUUGCUUUCCUAAAGGGAUGGUACAAACGAAAACGAUUAUUUCGUAAAGUUUUACCCAGUAUUUGGAAAUGCAUUUCUUCAUUUUUGUACUAAACUACUAACUUGAAUAUAUAAACAAUAUCAUUUUAUUUUAUGUUUACAAUCCUUGAUAGCGUUUACAAAAUGAGCAACGAAGAUAAGCGAAUUAUUACAAAAUUGGAAAAGAACAUAUCUCUUUUAAAAGAGGAAUACACUAAGUUGCAACGAGAGUAUGCACAGCUUGAAAGAAAAUACAAUGAAGUGGCUUUAAAACUGGAAGAUGACACUAUUAUUAGCAGUUUUGUAUCUCGCCUACUUAUGACUGUGGCUUCCCUUUAUAAGAAAAAUAUUUAUUCUGACAUAUGCAUAAGAAUUGGCGUUGAAGACAUACCGGCCCACAAAUUUGUACUGCAAUCGCGAUCUGACGCAUGGAGCCAAGAAUUUUUGAAUUCAAGAAAUGAACUUGAUUGGAGUAAUUUUAAGGAGGAUAUCGGAAUUGCUCUACUUCGAUGGAUAUAUACUGAUAUUGCUGAUUUGGAAAACGAUCAAAUUGCUUUGGGAUUAUUGCGGGCGGCUCAUUGCUUUAAAUUACCGGGAUUAAUGGGCUUGUGUGAACGUGCGUUAGUGGUAUCUGCUAAUAUUCGGUCAUGUGUAAAAUUUUAUUGUGUUGCUGAAGAAAUUGGAGCUAUGACUCUACUUGAAUAUUGCUCAAGUUUAAUUUCAUCGCAUUGGGACGAUUUGGCUUCACAAGAUUUUGAACAUAUGUCCGGUGCACUAUUAUAUAAGAUGUUAAAAAGCAAAACAAAGUAUCCACUACAUACUGCAGUACGGUUAUUACGAGAAGACGUUGUCUUUCUGUGCUUAGUUGAAAAUGAUAACAAACUUUCCGAAAUUUGUAACUCUAUAUCCGAUCAAGGCCAACUGCCACUACAAUUAGCAUUGACAGCAAAGCACCUCUCUAUUGCUCAAACUCUUGUUAAAAAUGGAUUUGCAGAUAUUAAUGCAUAUGAUGCAGAGGGGUUAACAUUAUUAAUAAGAUCCGUUAAAGAUAUUGAUGAAUUUGCGGCAAAUUUUUUGUUGGAUCAUGGUUGUCAAUUGGACUUAUCAGCAAGGGAAUCGGGAAACACUGCCUUACAUAUGCUUUGUCAGUAUAAUUAUGGAGAAUCUGAACGAGAUGAUUACUCGUCAAUAAUAAAUAUUAGUGAAAAGUUGCUUUCUCUUAAUCCAAACGUUAAUGUACAAAAUAACCGAGGUGAAACCCCUCUUCAUGUAGCAAUAUUAUCUGGUAACCACAACAUAAUAAACAUGCUGGUUUCUAGGCCCGAUAUCGAUAUUAAUUUGCAAAACAAUAAUGAAAACACCGCUUUAGAACUAUGUUUAUUAAAUAAAGUGGACUUAUGGAAAUUGCCUUUAAAACUAAUAGAACUUGGAGCUAACGUUAACCCAAUCAAAGCUUCGACUCAAGACGAUUUGAUGCAAGUCUUGGCAAAGAAGAGUUUGGAGGAUUCGGCAAUUUUUUUAGCAGAUUAUGCGGAUCUUAAUCACGUCAAUGCCGAAGGAUAUACUGUACUCCAUAUAGCUGCACAUAUGAAUUUAUCACAUUUAGCCGCAAAAUUAUUACAAGUCGGUGCUAAUUCAAAUGCUCAGUUGCGCCAAUCUCAAAUGAAAUCACCUAUUCACAUAGCAGUGGAAGCUAAUGCUACUGAUGUUUUAAAAGAAAUUGUAAAUCAAAAAUCAUGUGUGUCAGGGGAACCACCAAACUUUGAUUGUAAAGAUGAUAACGGGAAUACUCCAUUAAGCCUUAGUAUAGAAUUAGGACGUAGACAUCUUAUUUCUAUCCUAAUAGAUGGAGGCGCAAAUGUUAAUGCUCGAAACGAUAACGAUAUGACACUUUUGCAUCAAUCAAUUUUAAAUAAAGACGCGGACACGGCAAUUUUGCUUUUACAAAAUGGCGCUGAUGCAAAUUUCCUAACUGGAGACAAAAAAUCGCCUCUACAGCUGGCUAUAUACUCUCAUUUACCCAAAGUAGUUGAUAACUUGUGUGCUAAAGGAGUGGCUUUAAAGACAUUUAAUGACAACAUGAGGGAUCCACCACUUUGGACAAGCUUAGAGCUUGGAUAUGAAGACAUUGCGCAAAUCUUAUUGCGUCACGGUGUUGAUACAGAUUGCUGGGAUAUUGGACCUGAAGGUUGUAUGCAAACUAUGCUACAUCGAGCUAUAGAUGAAAACAAAGAAUCAAUAGCAAUUUUUUUGAUAAAAAGUCAAUGUGAUAUUGACUCACCCCGCCAGCCUGGUCCAAAAGGGGAAGGAGGAGAUGAAGCUAACGAUAAAGCUUCUCCAUUACAUGUUUGCUGCCAUUGGGGUUUAAUAAAAGUAUUGCAAGCUUUAAUUGAUCAUGGUGCGAAUGUUAAUGCAUUAGAUAUCAACAACCAAACUCCUAUUCACAUAGCAAUUAGAAAUCAGCACGAAGAAAUUAUCUCUAUUUUAUUAUGCCAUCCAAAUAUUGAUUUGAGAAUUCGAGAUCGUGAAGGAAAUACUCCUUUCGCUCAAGCCCUUCUUGUUAGAAAUCACAAAGCCGCAGAACGAAUUUUGGAACGACUACCAAACGCUGCAGAGCAAAUGGAUAAUCGUGGACGUAAUUUUCUUCAUUUAGCCAUACUUAAAGAUGAUCUGGAAGGCGUUCUUUUUUUAUUAUCCGUUCAAGUAGAUGUCAAUUCAAGAGUUCAUGAUGUGAAUCAAUCUACGCCUUUACAUUUGGCAGCAUCUUCGCGAAAUGAAAUGAUAAUGAGAACACUUAUUCUUGCAGGAGCACGCGUUAGUGAAACAGAUGCAACUCAAAAGACACCUCUUCAUAUUUCAGCUGACCGAGGUAAUUUAGCUGCUGUAUCAGCACUGUUACAGAACAACGCGGACUAUGACGGUGUUGAUAGUGAUGGAAAUAAUGCUUUACAUAUUGCUGUCCGUGGAGGAUAUUUAAGUAUUGUUCGAGAACUAUUAACAGAAUCACAAAUUGAUGCGGAAGCCGUAAAUCAAAAAGGACGAACACCACUUCAUGAAUUGUGCCGCACUGGAGAAGAUACUUCAGCGGCUGCAAUCUGUGAUCUAUUCAUUGAAUGCAUGCCAAAAUAUCCGAUAAAUAAACCUGACGCAGAUGGCAAUACGCCCUUACUACUAGCUUUUAUGAGAGGACAGUCGCCCUUAUGCAAAACUUUAGUGAAGUAUGGGGCUUGUCUUGGUAUGGAAAAUCGAGACGGUGUUAGCAUUUUCAAUUUUAAGUUGGCCACAGAUCAACUUUUACACAAGCUUCUUGAUCAGCUGCCUCAAGAAUCCCCAUGGUCCGAGUCAGAUGUCUGUCAAGAAUGUCGCAUAAAAUUUUCACUAACAGUUCGAAAACAUCAUUGCCGUCAUUGCGGGCGAGUUUUAUGCUCCAAAUGCUCAAACAACGAUGUUCCAAUACUUAAAUUUGGUUUGAAUAAACCCACUCGUGUAUGCUGCACUUGCUUUAAUGUUUUGCAAGGAGGAAAACCUACUUUACAAUGAACAACAGCACUGCAUUUAAACUGUUCACGUAUAUAUUUAAAUCAUAUUUUUUUCAAAAUGUAUAUAAUAAUUAAAGUAGCAUGUUUUUAUUUAUAACCCAUAAUAAAUAAAUAUAUUUAUAAAAUAGAAA